UGGGCGUGUGGGAGGACUCUCCGCUAUUACUGGAUGUUUGGAGGUGGAGGUAUGGGAGAAGUUACAGGACAACACGUGAAUUCUCAGCGGAAAGCCGACUGCGGAGAACCCGGAGGUCCUCCAAGACUUUACCUACAGCAACUAGAGUUCAGCUUCAGUCUUGAGAGCGCUGUCAGAUAAAGCGCGGGGAAAACAACAACCGAGCGGAGCGGAGUGUUUUAAAAAGUGUCAUUAUGCCAUGGCGUCUCUGGGCGCCUCCUUCGUUCAAAUCAAAUUCGAUGACAUCCACUUCUACGAGAACUGCGGCGGCGGCAGCUUCGGCAGCGUGUACCGCGCCCGCUGGAUUUCGCAGGACAAAGAGGUGGCGGUGAAAAAGCUGCUGAAGAUUGAGAAAGAGGCAGAGAUCUUGAGUGUCCUCAGUCAUCGCAACAUCAUCCAGUUUUAUGGCGCAGUUCUUGAGGCUCCAAACUAUGGAAUUGUCACAGAGUAUGCCAGUGGGGGAUCGUUGUAUGAGUAUCUAUCAAGCGAUGAGAGUGAAGAAAUCAGCAUGAAACAGAUCAUGACCUGGGCAACAGAGAUAGCUAAAGGAAUGCACUACUUACAUGCAGAGGCUCCAGUGAAAGUUAUUCACAGGGAUCUCAAGUCCAGAAAUGUGGUCAUGACAGCAGACAAAGUACUCAAGAUCUGUGAUUUUGGGGCAUCCAAGUUCCACUCUCACACCACACACAUGUCUCUGGUGGGCACAUUCCCUUGGAUGGCCCCAGAGGUCAUUCAGAGCCUCCCUGUGUCUGAAACCUGUGAUACAUACUCUUAUGGAGUGGUUCUGUGGGAAAUGCUGACGCGUGAGAUUCCUUUCAAAGGACUAGAGGGGUUGCAGGUGGCAUGGCUGGUGGUGGAGAAAAAUGAGAGGUUAACUAUUCCCAGUAGCUGUCCUGCCAGUUUUGCAUGCCUGAUGAGAAAAUGCUGGGAAACAGAGCCAUCGAAAAGGCCUGUGUUUAAAGAGAUCCUGUCCACACUAGAGGCCAUGUGUAAUGACAGCCAACUCUCUGACCGGUGCAAUUCCUUCUUACAAAACAAGGCAGAAUGGAGACGUGAGAUCGAGGCCACUCUGGAGCGCUUAAAGAAGCUGGAGAGGGACCUGAGUUGUAAAGAGCAGGAGCUAAAGGAGAGAGAGCGCCGCCUGAAGAUGUGGGAGAGGAAGCUAAUAGAGCAGUCCAACACCCCGCUGCUCCCAAACCUGGCCAUCCACGCUUGGACAGAGGAACAUGUGCACUUCUGGAUUUCACAGAUCUUUGGGACAGGACAUGAGUGUGAGAUGCAGCUUUAUGCGGAUAUCUUCAAGCAGAACCACAUCACUGGACGCAGGCUACUGCUCCUCUCUGAGGCAGAUAUGAGAGAUAUGGGCAUAACCUCCAAAGGACACAUCAUACACCUGAAGGCCGAAAUUGAAAAAUUAACCAACGAUUACCUGGGACUGUUUCAUUUCCCUCCGCUAACGAAGGAUGAGUGGGCCCGUGAGGAAGAAGAGGAGGGUUGGAGGAAGAUUGUUAGUUUGGAGUUGGUGUUUGGUUAUCACUGGAAAGCAGGAACAGGACCAAAGGACUGCAAAUGGAAAAUGUACAUGGAGCUGGACGGUGAUGAAGUUGCCAUAACCUAUAUCAAGGACGUCACCUUUAAUGCAAAUAGACCAGAUGUGGAAGUGUUAAAGAUGACUAAGCCACCAUUUGUGAUGGACAAGUGGAUUGUUGGCAUAUCUGACAAACAGACUGUUGACUGCAUUAUAAAUUAUGAGAGUGAUGUCAAGUCUCCAAAGAGCACUAGACAUGUGCACUUAGUGCAGUGGAGCCCAGCCAGUGGGGGAGAUGAUAUCAAGGCUGUAGAGCUGCUCAUAGAAACUACACCAUUAAAUGGGGAAGGAAACUACAGGAGUCGCUCCAACUCUGGUAUUGACCCUCAGUGGAUUUCCAGUCUGAGGUUAAAGCAGAUGAAGGAGAACCUAACCCAGGAGCGCAACAAUGGCACGCCUAACAGCCUCUCAGCCGAAUCCAUGACCCUCCCGCAGUUUCUAUCUGCCUUUGGGAACCAGACUUCCUAUGCUUCAGCUGUGCGAAAAUCGCCCAAUCGCAAUCCAUUCUCACCGUGGGCCAGCUCCAGAAGCUCUUCACCUACACUGUCUACCAAACUCUCCUCUCUCCACCUGGGGUCAAAGGGCAGUAGCCCGUCCAGUACGACCUCUGAGAGUGCAUCGGAAAGAGAGCGCCCUGUUAGUGCAGGAGCUAUGUACAAGUACCCCAGAAACAACUACCAUGAUUGUAUGACUGUGCCGGGAGCAGGGGACAGGAAGCUUUCUAAAGUCUCCACUCAUAUAUCUCAGGGUGCCACUAGAGGAUUUCAACACAGUGGACGACCUUGGAACAACAGCACUGUGGUACCACAGAACCACCCAAGGAUUAUACCAGGGAUGGCAACGGUGACAGCAGAAAAGCAGAAGAAUGAAGCAGAGGAGACCAAAGGCAACGAGGGAGGGUGGAUUAAAGUAGAACGCAAAAAGCCUCCCAAACAAGAGUACAAGCAGCAGGACCAGAGACAGCUCAGAGGCCGUCCACGAAGAGGAGGGCGAGGGGGAGGACGUGGGCGGAGUUAGAGGGUUUUAUUUUGUAUGAGUGGACAUUCAAAAUGUCCAUGAUUAACUGUUUUUAUCAUAACUAGAGCAUUAAUCCAAGAGACUCAGACACCAUGGGACACAUCAUUUGCAGAGGGUAGACAAAUUAAGAAAAAUGUGAAAAUGGGUCAAACUUAAACUAACAAGAAUUAUUUUGAAAGAAAUAUAGACAUGCUAAAUUAUUUUAAUAUAAAAGAUUUUUGCAAAACAGAUGUUUAUUUAUGUUUUAUUCAUUCUGAUAGAUUUAUGAGACUUGAGUCUGGGGACCCUUAAAUGCAAAGGUUCAGCUACAAAAUGUGAUUUUUAGUAUCCAACGCUCAUCCCUAAUUUCAAAUGAGUUCAGACAAUGAUGACAACAAUGCUAUGUGGAUGUGGAUGUAUGUUUAGUAUUCAUUGUGCAUCUGCAUGUUAGCAAGCAAUUAAAAAUUGCAUUUUUCUGUGA